GGGGAAACUCCUGAUCCUAUGAUGGAUAUAUAAGCAGCUGAUAUGGAGAAGUUAAAAAAUAAAAUCAUCACAACAUUGAAACAUUGAAAGCACAAUGACGACUAUUGCCGUUUUUGUUUUGCUAGUCUGUUUGCUUGUUGCAGAUGUAAAAGGGCAACAACAAGGUUCCCAAGGCAGAUGCCUCUGUGCUGACAAAGGUGUGGAUGUGGUUCCCCGAAAGAUGAUUGAGAAGGUUGACAUUUUCAACCUAAGCCCAUCUUGUGAAAAGCAGGAAAUUAUUGUCACUCUGAAUAGUAAGCGGAAAUGUUUGAAUCCAGAGUCUAAAUUCACACAGAAUUUAAUCAGGUGGAUUCUUGAAAAGAGGGCCCAGCAAGGUUCCUCAAGAUAAAUUUAAAUCAUCUUGUCAUAUCAAAAGACCCUGAUGUCAGCACCAGCUACUUAAAUAUACUGCACCACUACGCAUUUAAUAUUUAUAAAGAGACAUUAUAUUAUAAUUGUUUUAUUGGUUAUGCAAUUGUUUUUAACACUGUGUAAAGUGUUUUUUUCUUUCAUAAAACAAACAAACACUGUUGUGUUGUGCUACAUUUGUAAUCAGGACAACAAGU